CGGCCGAGGCCGCAGGCUCUCGCGAGAUCAGCGUUGGCGCCGUGACCUCCAUGUGAGAGUGGCAGCGCCUGGUAAACACUCUCCGGGGUUGGGAGAUGGCUCCCGGAGGCGCCCGUUAGACGUGGCUGCGGCGGUUCCAGUCAGGCUCCUCCUCACCUUGUGCUGCCUAGGGGCACUCGCGGCGCGAGCGAUCUGGAAGCUGGAGGGUGUCGCUUCUGGUCUCCUUCCAUCUCGGCGCCCCUCGGAGGGAGGUCGGCGGGCCGGCGGGCGGGGAGGCUCGCAUCUGUUCCGCGGGAUUUGAAAGUCCAGCCCCACCGAGCCGAACAAAGAGCUGGGGAAGCGCUCGGCCCCCUCCCCUUAUCCCUCGACACAGCAGACUCGCAGCCGAGCAGCAGGCUCCAUUUCCACCUCCUGUCCCAGACCUCCCGGCCUUCUCUGCGGCUGGCUAAGCGAGCGGGAGGGCGCGCACCAUGUGGAUCCAAGUCCGCACAAUAGACGGCACUGAGACCCAGACCAUCGACGACCUGAGCCGCCUUACCAAGAUCGAGUGCCUACGGGAGAAGAUCCAGGAGACGUUCCGCGUGAGCCCCGGCCGUCAGCGCCUUUUUUACCGAGGCAAACAGCUAGAAGAUGGGCACACUUUAUUUGACUACAAUGUCGGACUAAAUGACAUAGUUCAGCUUUUGAUACGUUCUGAAUCUGAAGCUCCCACCACUGCUUCUGUGACAGAUCAGGAUGGGGAAGCUAAUCCCUGUGCUGUUUCCAACUGCAAGAACAAAGUCAAAAAAACAAAUAAUGGGUCACCCAGUCAGCCGUCUACAUCAUCUCGCUCAUUUCUGAUUGAUCCUGGCAUUGGAUUGUACAAGAUAAAUGAAUUGGUGGAUGCUCGUGAUGUCAGCAUUGGAGCCUGGUUUGAAGCUCAUAUAGAAAAUGUUACCCGAGCUACAACAGGACAAAAGAAUGGUAAAGCUCAAGGAAAGAGUGGUAACACUUACAAAAGGACUAAUGGAAACUUAAGUCAAGAUCAUUCUAGAGAAAAUGCAAAUAAUUUGGACAGUACACCAUCCACAUCUUACUCAGACUGUAUGGACACUGAUGAAGAAGCUAUUUAUCAUAUCAAGUAUGAUGAGUACCCAGAGAAUGGCAUAAUAGAAAUGGAAACCAGGAAUCUUCGACCCCGAGCACGAACCAUUCUUAAAUGGAGUGAACUAAAAGUGGGUGAUGUGGUGAUGGUUAACUACAACGUUGAGACACCAGAAGAAAGAGGAUUUUGGUUUGAUGCAGAAAUUACCUCUUUGAAAGAAAUUUCAAGGACUAACAAAGAGGUUCAUGCUAAAAUUCUGCUGGGAGGCCCAGAAGACACAAUAAAUGAUUGUAAAAUCCUUUUCAUAGAAGAAAUGUACAAGAUCGAAAAGCCAGGAGCCUAUCCAUUGACAUUUGGAGAUGGAGAUUUCAAAAGAAAAAGUGGCCCGGAAUGCAAGCACUGUAGGGCUGAUCCAGACAAGGAAUGCCGAUUUUGUUCAUGUUAUUUGUGUGGUGGAAAACAGGAUGCUCACAUGCAGCUUCUCUGUGAUGAGUGUAACAUGGCUUAUCAUAUAUACUGCCUGAACCCUCCCUUAAGCAAGAUACCAGAAGAUGAGGACUGGUAUUGUCCUUCCUGCAAAAAUGAUUCUAAUGAAGUUGUAAAGGCUGGAGAAAAGCUCAAACAGAGUAAAAAGAAAGCAAAGAUGCCAUCUGCCAGUACUGAAAGCCAGAGAGACUGGGGCAAGGGCAUGGCCUGUGUUGGUCGUACUAAGGAAUGCACUAUUGUUCCUUCAAAUCAUUAUGGACCUAUACCUGGUGUUCCUGUUGGGACAACCUGGAAAUUCAGAGUCCAGGUGAGCGAAGCAGGUGUUCACAGACCACACGUGGGUGGAAUUCAUGGACGCAGUAACGAUGGAGCUUAUUCACUUGUAUUAGCUGGAGGAUUUGAAGAUGAAGUGGAUCGAGGAGAUGAAUUCACCUACACUGGGAGUGGAGGUAGAGAUCUUUCUGGUAAUAAAAGGAUUGGAGAACAUUCAUUUGAUCAGACAUUAACACACAUGAAUAGGGCACUGGCCCUCAACUGUGAUGCCCCACUGGAUGACAAAAAUGGAGCAGAGUCUAAAAACUGGAGAGCUGGUAAGCCAGUCAGAGUGGUGCGCAGUUCGAAAGGACGGCGGAUCAGCAAAUAUGCUCCAGAGGAAGGCAACAGAUACGAUGGCAUUUACAAGGUGGUGAAGUAUUGGCCAGAAAUUGGAAAAUGUGGAUUUUUGGUUUGGCGAUAUCUUCUGAGGAGAGAUGAUAUUGAGCCUGCACCUUGGACUUCAGAGGGGAUGGAGCGUACAAAGAAACUGGGUCUGAGCGUACAGUAUCCAGAAGGUUAUUUGGAAGCCAUGGCUAGUAAGGAGAAGAAAGAUAAGGUUAAAAAGCAAACUGUGAGACGGGAGCCAACCACCCAGAGUAAUGGAAACCAGAAAAGGACUCUUGAUGCAGGUAUAAAAGAACCUACGAGUACACCCAAAGCCAUGAAAAUGGGAGAUGGAGGGAAAGGAGAGGCUUUCCAGCUGACCCAAGAGCAGCAAUGGCUGAUUAGAGAAGACUGUAUGAACCAGAAACUGUGGGAUGAAGUACUUGCUUCACUUAAGGAAGGACCAAAUUUUCUGAAGAAGCUGGAACAAUCCUUCAUGUGUGUCUGCUGCCAGGAGCUGGUUUACCAGCCAGUGACAACAGAGUGCCUGCACAACGUCUGUAAAAGCUGUUUACAGCGUUCCUUCAGAGCUGAAGUCUUCACCUGCCCUGCCUGCCGCUACGACCUGGGAAAAGGCUACACCAUGGUUCCCAACAAGAUACUGCAGACGCUACUGGACCAGUUCUUCCCUGGUUACAGCAAAGGACGAUGAUGUGCUCUGAUCCUUCAUGUGCUGCUCCCAGUAACUUUAUAGACAGUAAAGGAGAAUAAAUAUGGGGAAUGCGACAAUGGACCAGCCAGCUUGAUAAUGGGACUCAAUAUAUUGACACAUUUUGAAGCAGCUAACCCUCUUCCCCUCAUAGCCAUCUUUUGGUGUAGUGAAAACUCUCUCAGCUGUCUUUUAACAUCAAGGGUAGUUUGGGCCAGUUAACAAAGAAGUUUUUUGAAGAAAAAAAAAAUAAAAGAGAAAAGCUUCAGCUCUUACUGGCCUAGCUGAUGCUUAAUUUAUGAAUUGUUUUUUUGUAACUACCUCAGGACAGAGGAAAAUAAAUUGUGGGGAUAACAAAAAGUUCGUGAAGUUUUAGCUACACACUGCCUCCUGAAUUUAGUUGUGCCUGGUCCAUGUGGUUUGAUUUACAAAAAAAAAAAAAAAAUUUAAAAAAAUCCCAAAACCCAACAACCAACCAAGCCAAAAAUAAAACAACAAAAUUAAACCCAACCCAAUACAAAACCCCACAGAAAAAACAGCAAAAAACCAGAAACAGCACUUAAGCCAGCUGGAUUAAACAACAGAAAAUUCUGUGAUGUGCAGAAUCCUUUUUUUGUCUUUUUUCUUCUAUUAUGCUGUUUGGUUUUUUCUUUUUUGCAAGAACAGGCUGAUUUUUAGUCUAUUUUUGUGAGCUUCAUUGUGCUUCUCUUGUAUUUUAUGCAAGUUGACUACUAAUGACUAAUGAGAACAAUAUGAAUGCAUUGUUGCUGCAUUAGUGUAAGGUGAGCUGUGUUUUUUGCACUUAAGAGGGUAUUCAAGACACUCUAGUUGUGUAAAAAAUAUUUCAUAUAAAAAAGCCACUUCUGUAUUAGUUGAACUGUAUGCUUUUAGUAGGUCUUGUAUCAGUGGCAAUACAUCGACAUGGCAUUGAAGGCAGUGCUAGCUUGGAGAGGGUUCAAAUCGCUUCAUAUUGUGAUCUUAAAUUUUAUAUACAAUAUACCCCCCUGCCAAAUAUACCUUAUUAAAUAUUUUAUGAUUCAGAAAAGUUGCUAAUUUUGUUUUUACUAUUAUCCAUUUAAUGAAAUCAUAACUUUUUUUAUAGGAAGUUUUUUCCAAUUACUAAAUGCUUUCUGUAGGUGGGCUGCUUCUUUUUCAGACAUGGUGCUUUCAAGUUUCUUAACUCAUUUUGCAAUGAAAAACAAAAUGUGAAAUGAUUAAAAAAACCCAAGCAACAUCAAUGUACAAAGCAGCUGUCAUGUAGCUACUCUGUUCUCUGCUGAACAUUUGAAGGUAAACUUAGUGCACAAUCUAUGUAGUAGAGUAAUAGGAAGCCCUUCCUGACCUGCUGGCGUUGGCAGUGGAGCUGAGAGCUGAGUGUGACCAUCUGAGAGAUUCCCACUGCAAGCACAGGGCUGCAUUGAGCCUGAAGCAUGCAAAGGGGCAUAUGUAGUUUAUGUCAUUCUCAGUAAUUUAAGGGCCUUACCCUGGUGUGGUAAUGAACUGGUUGUGGGGAUGCACCUGGCACUGCUGGGGUUUGUGGCUGAAAGCUGGCUUAAAUGGCUUAUUAGCUUCAUCUGAAAUACGCAACUUCUCUCCUCACUCUCCAGUCUACUUAGUACUUGAGUCCAAAUUACAUACUGCUGGUACUGUCUCUUGACAUAGGUCAAAAAAAAAACAGGUGUUGUUGAACAGCUUUGACAGAUCUAACUCCUCAACUUCUAUGGUUAUUGAAACAAUUGUUCGGCGUUUGUUCAGAGGAACAGUAGACAGAUUCUGAUAUCCUGAUGAACUGUUUUACAAAAUGGAAACUCAGUAUUUUAUGGGGAUAAAACAUGUAAUUUACCUUUGUAACAAUCAUUGUGUCUGUGUAGUAAGCACAUGAGACUUGUGGCUUUUUACUUGACAUUUGAGUGCUGUGAAAUAUUUUAUACCUUUUAAUGCUUUUUUCCAUUUGAUAGCUUUUACCAAUUAAUUGAUGAAUUUGUCGGCUCAAGGUCAACAAUGGGAAGUUCUCUGCUUAAUACAAAAAUGUGUAAACCAGUACUUUAUCUUUUCAGUGACAGACAAUCAAGCAACGUGAAACUGUCUUUAACAAACAUUAAAGUAGCUUGACAAGA